AUGGACUCAGCUCCCCUUCUUCAGAAUGCUGAUGGCCUUCCCAGCCCCAAUGUCAUGCAGGACCAUCCUGCUUUCCUCCGAGCAUGUCACUCUCCAUGGUCGUGUAUACCCCAGAACGUCCUCGUCAUCUUGCGAGGCCUGGUGUUGACGUUUCUCAUCGCUGUGGGCAUUCUCAUUCUGAACUUCGAGCUCCAUGAGCAUAGCGAGUACUCCAAGUGGCGUAUAAUCUUCGAUUUCGCCAAUAUCAGCUUCUUCUUCAUCUUUCUGUACCAUCUUCAGACCUUUUCCUGGACUUUCACUCAUCUGUACUACCCCCACCACCAUGAUCGACACAUGGGCGGAGUGGAGGGACUGCUCAUCAGAUGCAUGUCGCUUCCCAAGCACAUGGGUAAUCUCCGAAAGCAGUUUCACUUCACCUUGUUCUACACCAUCUCUGUCGUUUUCGCAUUCGCCAAUUCGACGAUCUACUUCUUCAUCAGCCGUCAGCAGAAGGGUGAGGGUUGCUGUGGCGAGCCUCAGCCAGAGCUUCGCCGUCCCAACAGUACCGCCAUACCUAUAUGGGCUGGAUACGCCGAGGAGCACCCUGAGCCUCCAUUCACGGACAUUUUUGGUGAGGGAUGGUUCCGAGCCUUCAUAAUCCUGUCCUUGUAUGCGUUUGGAACAUUGAUCAUGGUGAUCGAGAUCCUGUGUCUCAAUAGCAUCCGACGUCCAUACGCCGUUGGACUCCACCUGAUUGGCAUCCUCUUCUUUGCUACCGCCUACUUAGGUUGGGCUGCCUUUGGCCGACUGGUCACUGACUAUUUUCCCUUCUUCUGGCUCGACAAGAAGCAGGUUGGUUCAGAUGAAGCGAUCACCCUCUACUCGAUCGGCUUUGUGCUAUUGAUGCCUAUCAUGUAUAUCCUCAUGCAGGGCUUCGUCGCUUCCCGAGAGAGCUUUACACGAUCGAAGAACGAGGCUCGAGCCAUCGCUGCUGCACAAGCGGCCCUCGACUCUUGA